CCUCCCGUGCGUCAUUAGCCCAGAGCCAGUGGAAGCGGACGCAUCUCUCAGAGAAACAGUGUCGAGAUUGAAAUCGAAAGCGAAUUUUAGCGAGAAGAGCUCCAGAAGAGGAGAAAUUGCACUUUCCAGACCCAAGUCCUAGCCCUACAAAUGGACAACUACAAGCCCGUGCCCACGGUGGUGGCCGCCGCCCCCUUCGACGCCGCCGCCGACGCCCAGGCCCUCCGCUCCGCCAUGAAGGGCUUCGGCACCGACGAGCAGGAGAUCAUCGACAUCCUCACCGGACGGACCAACCUGCAGCGCCAGACCAUCCGGGGCAUCUACGAGGCGGAGUUCGAGCGCGACCUGGUCGACGACCUGAAGAGCGAGCUGGGCGGCAAGUUCGAGGACGUGAUCGUGGGUCUGAUGAUGCCACCGGUGGAGUAUCUGUGCAAGCAGCUGCACGCCGCCAUGGCCGGCAUGGGCACCGAGGAGUCCACCCUGGUGGAGGUACUCUGCACCAAGUCCAACGAGGAGAUGGCCGAGAUUGUGGCCGCCUACGAGGAGCGCUACCAACGCCCCCUGGCCGAGCAGAUGUGCAGCGAGACGUCCGGCUUCUUCCGCCGUCUGCUCACCCUCAUCGUCACUGGAGUACGCGAUGGCCUGGACACUCCGGUGGACGCCGCCGAGGCCAAGGACCAGGCCGCCCAACUGUACUCCGCCGGCGAGGCCAAGCUGGGCACCGACGAGGAGGUCUUCAAUCGCAUCAUGUCGCAUGCCAGCUUCCCGCAGCUGCGGCUCGUCUUCGAGGAGUACAAGGAGCUCUCCGGCCAGACCAUCGAGCAGGCCAUCAAGCACGAGAUGUCCGAUGAGCUGCACGAGGCCAUGAUGGCCAUAGUCGAGUGCGUCCAGUCCCCGGCGGCCUUCUUCGCCAACCGGCUGUACAAGGCCAUGAACGGCGCCGGCACCGACGACGCCACCCUCAUCCGGAUCAUUGUCAGCCGCUCGGAGAUCGACCUGGAGACGAUCAAGCAGGAGUUCGAGCGCAUCUACAACCGCACCCUGAACAGCGCCGUGGUGGACGCGGAGACCUCCGGAGACUACAAACGGGCCCUGACCGCCCUGCUGGGAGGCGCCUAAGCGUGAGCCCGAUCUACACAAUAUAUAUUUAUCCGCAACCGUACUCAUAGCCGUAUUCGUAGUGUGCCUUUUAGAGAAGUCGCUUUUAAUGGCUGCGCCUGCGCACAGUGCUGGCAAUAAAUAAACGCACAUAGCAAAAAGUGUCUAACCAAUAGGAA